AUGAACCCGCAGCCCCUCACACAACCCGAGCCGUCCUCUAGCUAUAGCUCUACCACCGUCACCUGCACCACAGGUGACGCCUCCAAGUCUCAAACAUCCGAUGAGGCUGCCAUCAUCGGCUGCAUAAAGGGAGAAAUGCAACGCAAGUUGGACCAGCUCCAGGAUGUCCACAGCGCCUACGCCUACCUGACGGCCCACUGGGACGCCCAGAAGAACUUUGAGGCGUUUGCCAUCCGCCAACACGGGUACGUUGUCCAUCAGUGCUGGCAUAUGUCGGAGAUGCCUUGGAACUAUCGGGAUCGAUUGCAGCAAGCGGUGGUUAGGCUCGAGAGUGAGAUCAAGGAGAUUCGACAGGAGCUGAGAGAUAUUGCUAUUGCCAUUGGGGGUCACAAGUGA